UUUAUCCAGCACUUCAAGGAUGGAAUUGGUUUUUAUUUUUAAACAAACAUUUUUUUAUAAAAAUUUAAAAAGGCCAUUUUAUCAUUUAUUUUAUGGAGCUGUUUCUCGUACAGUUUUUGCUAUAUCUCUUGGAUGGAUUAUUUAUGCUUGCCAUACAGGAAUUGGAGGGCCGUUAAAUUAUUUGCUUAGUUCAAGUCCAUUUGUUCCCCUUUCAAAUCUCUCUUACAGUGCUUAUUUAUUUCAUAUGAUUCCCGUUGUUUUUACUUAUGUUGUUUCUCCAUUUCCAAUGCAUUUUGAUUCAAAAGCAGAAAUAUUUGGACAUUGUUUUGUACAAUUAGUUAUUGCAUAUGCUUAUGGUGUUCUUUGCAAUUUAUUAGCCGAACUUCCUGCAUUGAAUAUUGAACGAAUAUUUUUGGGUACUUCUUCUACAGGUGUAAAUAAAACAAGCAAAACAACAAACCUACAAAAAUCAAUAAAAAACGGAAAUAACACAAUAAAUAAUGGCCUAAAAGGUAAUAUUCAGUGCUGUACGGAUAUAGAAGAAAAACGCUCAAUUUCAACGACAACAACGACUGCUGCUCCAUCCCCUAUUGUUUCGGCUAUUGUGAAAGCAGAAGAAAGUACAGCAACAAUAAAAGUACCAACAGAAACAGUGUCAACAACUUUGGCACAAGAAAAAGAAGACGAAAGUAAUAGCAGUAUAAGAAAUGAAGAAUAA